UAUCAAGCAAGCAUUUCGUGGUAAUAUUUUUGAAUAUCUAGGCAAAUAUUUGAAAGUUAGGAGGGGGGGGCCCGGGCCCUCCCCCCCUGCCCCUACCUGGCUACGCCCAUGAUUACAGCAGAGGAAUCGCAAAAUACGCGUUUGGUUUGCAGUUCGAAUCCUCCUUCCUAUCCCCCAACUGUAAGCUCUGAAGUACCAAAAGUAUACACGAAGCUGCUGCGUCUAAUCGAAUUUGAUACUGUUGUCGCCACACAUGGCCCUGGCAUGGAUGUGGAUGAACUGCCACCACACAAGCGUAAAUCGAAUAGUGAACUUGGACCACCUGCCAAGCAGCAAAAGACAAUUUAUCCAGCCUAUUUUAUACCAGAAUUAGCGCACGUUAUUGCGAUGUUUUUUAAUCUAUCACAGGAAUUGUCGAGACAUGAAAUACCAAAUAGCGGCUUGCAAGUGGAAGCUAAGACUAUGUUCAAACAGGCCAAUUAGCUUAUGCAAUUAGUAUUUGACAGCUGUGUGUUUUGAUUUUACUUGUGAAAAAUUCGGCGCGGAAAAUGGAGAAAACUUGAGUUUAGGACGAAUUUUACUAGCAGUCAAUACUGUCAAAAUUUGAUUGCAGCUUGGCAUUGUUGAGAAAAAGAAGGAGAAAUAAUUUGGUAGUCCUUCAAA